GUGCACUUGCGGUAAAAAGUAGAAAAAAAAAAACUAUCUCCUUCUUCUUUUCCUUUUUUUCUCUUAUUUUUUUCCUCUCUAUUGAUUUUCCUUUUUUUUCUAUGGACCAAGAAGAAUAUAUCGAUUUAGAUAAAGUAUUGGUAGACGAUGAACUACGCUCUCUUGUCUCUACUUGUGAAUACAAUCACAAGUUUAGAAUAAGCCUCAAGAGUAUGGACGAACGAAAGACAGAACGUUUUAGACGGUCUCUUGUCACUCCACUCUCUAAAUAUAACACAGACUGGCGUACGACCACAAACAAAAGCCCAAAUGAUUCAUGUGCUGAGAGUGUAGCUUUGUUUAAAAAUUUAGCAAAUAACAAUGAUCAUAUUGAUUUUGUGUCUAGUGAUCUUAAAGACUUUAUGAGCUCUUAUGAUAUGGACGAUCUCUUGUCACGGCCGAAUAGCCGAGUACCUGCCUUAUCUCAUCAAAAGGAUGUGUUAACGAGCUCUCGCUUGAAUAAUCAUAAUCAAGCAACCACUUUACGUCACACCAACAAUUCUCAUAUGGUUCCACAUAAGUCUAGCAUCAUUAAUCUCAGUGAAACAAUCCCCCGCAAACAUUCCUUCGAUUCAGGACAACGUAAAUUAUCUUCACCUUCGAUUCCAGUCAUCUCUGACACGUCUGAAACGCAAGAGAUCAACAAUAAUGCAAAAAAUCAACAAUUCCAUCGCCUGCUUCAUAAAAGGCGCAGUGUCGAUUCAGAUGCACUCAAAAAAAUGAAGCAAGCUGAUCGUGAUACAAAACUUAAGAAGCCUAUUGUUCUUGUUGAUAAACAAAAGUCCAUAAAACAUGUUUCAUCAACUGCUAUUCCAACUCCUAAAGCCAAUAGAAAAAGUCUUUUGCAACAAUCAGACAAAAGGCGCUGGAGUAGUUAUAUACCAGAUGACAUGGAUUUGAAAAAAUCACCUCUUAUUUCGCCUAAACAAGGACCCGUUAAUACAUCAAGACGAACAAACAAUGAGACCUUGAAUAGACAAAAGCCAUUCAAUAGUCAUCUUGUGUCCCCUCAAUUAUUUAUCAGAGAGUGCAGAACGUCAUUUCAUUAGCAAUAAUGAUAUACCUCAACGAGAAGAGAAGAAAAGAACGAAUGAUAUUUUAGAGAAAACAGCUGUUGAUCCAGCGCUAAGACGUGCGAACAGACUCAAUGCACUUGCCACUGCCAAUCGUCAGCGAUUUUCCUUAGACCAACGUCGUCUUA